CAAUGCUUAUCGACCUCGAAGUUUCUGGAAGAAAUGUCUUUCUCAACUUCCGGUAGCACUUCAACCGGAUAUCAAAGACGUAAAACCAGUCUAAUCGAACAAGUAAUUCAGAGACAAGGUUUGCAAAUGGGUCGCAGAUGCGUUUUAUGAAUCAGUCGAAGCUCGUCAUUAGUUCAGCGAUGUGUAAAAAGAUUGUCCUGACACUUUUAAUUCUAUUUGUCAAAAUAUGUUCAGGGAUCAACGAAACUCACGUGACACCGCCGUUAGCGGAAAGACCGACAAGGAUAGUUGGCGGGAAGAACGCAGAAAAAGGAAGACAUCCGUGGCAAGUUUCUGUGCACUAUGGUGAUCGUUCACGUGAAUUGCCACCAAGGCACGUAUGCGGUGGCAGUUUAUUGACAGCCGGCUGGGUACUGACAGCAGGCCACUGUAAAACCCUGGCGCCCAAAAGAGCUUCCGGUCAAUUUAUAAUACUAGCGGGAAAAUACAAACUCGGCAUAAUGGAAGACACCGAGCAAAGUAGAUUAGUAAGAAGAACAUUCGUAUAUCCAGAAUAUCCAGGGACAGUGGCGCCUCACGACAUUGCCUUAAUGAAGCUGGAACGUCCAUUCGACCUGAAUCCAUUUGUUUCCACGGUCUCUUUACCCUAUCCCGAAAUCAUUCCUACUGGAGAUGCCAUGUUGACCGGAUGGGGUAGUAUAGGCAGAACGAGAGCUCCGGAAAAUCCGGAAAUCCUCCAGGCGGCCAUUUUACCCAUUUUAGACUACAAUACAUGUAAACAUGCUCUGGACAAAGCUCUUCGCCAAGAUGGUCCCAAUCCUCUUCAUCCGACAAACAUCUGCACGGGACCGUUAGACGGGAGCCUAUCGGCAUGCAAGGGCGACUCAGGCGGUCCGUUGAUUACAAUAAACUUAUUCGAUCAAGCUGAAGUCGUUGGCGUCGUUUCCUGGGGCUUAUUUCCAUGUGGCGCAAGAAAUGCACCCUCCGUGUACACCAGGGUAUCAGCAUACGUUACCUGGAUUCAUCGAAUUAUGUUAAAUUAUUGAUCAGGCGUUUUGAAAUGAAAAAAAAAGUAAAUAGGAUAUUCACUGGAAAUUGAAUGAUUACCUUUGAUUCAAAGUAUUGUACGAUUGUAAAUGACCUUAUCUUCUCAAGUUCAUUGACCUCGCGAUGACUCCUUCCUGUUCACUCUGAAUUCGUCUCAGGCGUUCGUAUACGUCGCGUCACGAGGUAGACGGUAAAACCGGUUCUGGCAGAAAUGCGAAUUAACCAAGUUUUGCCAGGGACCUGAUCCGGCGUUAACAUCGCAGAAAGAUUCUCCUUGCGAAUACAGCCAUUAUAAAUUUCUACCGUUACAUCCACAUGGUAUAUUGUACGUAGGUUAAUUAUAUACGUGAUACGGAUAAUCAUUAUACGUGUGAUAUAUUCAUGAUAUAUUUUAUUUAAUAAAAUACAAUAUGAAAUAACACGUUACCUGAUUACUAUUGUUAUGCUUAUUAUCAUCAUCAUUAUCAUUAUUAUUAUAUGUAUAUAUAGGAUAUUUCGAGGCUCCUGG